AAAGCAAAUGCCUCACUUUCCUCAACGACCCCAGCCAUAAUGGCCAAUAUUCCGGCCAACCUCUCUAUUUCAAUCCCUACAUUAACCGGGUCGUUGCUAUCCUGUGUUGCGAGCUUUUUUGCUCUCUGUCUUCAUGUCAUUGUUCCUCCGCCACGACGACACUUCCGCCAUGCAUUGAUUGUGAACCUCCUCGUUGCAGACUUCAUCAACAGUCUCAACAAUACAGUGUCUGGAAUUCUCGCCAUUAAGAAUGGUUACGCGGACCCGAAAGCGUCCCCUAGUACUGGCUGCGUUGCCAAUGCUUGGGUUGGUCAAUUCUCGGUACAAGCGAUCGACUUCAACAUUCUUAUUAUCUCUGUAUCGGUACUGCUAGCCGUUCAGCGACAACAGAUCCUCGAUGACUCGUCGAGACUGAUGACUGCAAUUGUCUGCCUUGUACCUUGGAUUCCCGGUACAAUCACCAGCUUCGUCGGACUCGGUCUCCAUGUCUAUGGCCCAGUGAGCGGCAACUGGUGCUGGAUUCAAACUCAACAUCUCGGCCUCCGCUACGGCCUCACCCACGCUUGGCGCAUCGCCAUUUUCCUUGCAACAGUGGCUAUAUACACUUAUAUAUACAUCAAACUCCGUCGACUUUUCAGUUUCGUCAAAUAUGGUCUUUCUUCCUCUACCACGAAAGGUUACACUACGAACGCGCAGUCGAGAAUCGAUCGAGAGAACGCCGAGCAGUCUGAUACUCAACGAAUAUGGGUUACGACCACGGUAGAGGCUUCGUAUGAACUUGAGUCAAGGGGUGUAGUAAAGGGAGACCAGAGUGAAGGAGAGGAUGGAUCAACUGGCGGAAAAGUUCAGUGGUCGGCAUCUGCGGCGCCUGAACCGGAGCCACCUACAGCUGAAGACCAUGGAACGAACAACACAAAAAAUAUCUCCACUGGCAAUGGACCCAACCAUCGCGUACCGAAAUCACCCAACUUGAGGAGAAUGCUUCUUCUGAACGGGUACCCGAUUGCAUAUAUUAUCCUAUGGCUGCCUGGUAUGGCCAACCGCUUGGCUGAGUCAGUUGGCACAUCACCAAAGUGGCUCACUGGCCUGCAAGCUUCAACACAGUUCAUAGGGCUAGUCAACGCCUUGACAUACGGCUUGACAGAACAGAUGCAGCGUGCAGUCCAGAUGUGGAUGAAGAGGCGCAGCUUCAGAACGCUUGAUCCAUAGAUUAGAAAGCUCUGUUUUAUUCUAGAGUUGACAUUUGGGCGUCUCGCGGGUUGGGCGUCAGCUGGAGUGAAUUGCAUAUGCCUCGACCCGUCGACCGCAGUUACUACUUUAUCUAAAAUUAAUAUUUAAAGACUACUUGACCGUUGAUAGAAUACUACAGAUGUUGGC